AUUGAGCUCAACACCAACCACUCACCACCACGGCCACCACCACAGCCACCACCACAGCUAGCAGCAUCCUGGCCCACGCAAAGUCCCAGCAACCAGCGACCAGGCCGCGCAGCCCACGACAACGCAGCCUUUCCCAAACACGAAUCGACUCUAACCGAAGCUCGACAGCUCCCGACGACCGCCCUUCCAGGCAGCGCCGGCGCAUACGCAGCACGCGCACUCGCUAGGAGCCUUCGGCCCCGCCCACCGACAGCUACCCAGCCGGCUCUCGCCGCGUCCUGGUCCGGAUCAGAACGCCAACCACCUUGUGGACUCGACAUUGGCCAUUGCAGACGCUCGAUCUACUUCAAACAUGGCUGCCGGAGACUCACCGAGGCUUCGCGAGGCCCGCGAGGCCACCAAGUCGAACCCAAAAAAGGCCGAGGACAUGUACAAGGAAAUCAUCUCGAAGCCUCCAUCUGUCAACUCAGACGAUGCAACCCGCGAGUACGAAACUGCGCUGAUUAGGCUGGGAGAGCUGUACCGAGAUCAGAAAAACUCUAAUGAGCUUGUCGAUUUGGUCACAAGGAGCCGGACAGUGCUCUCGUCUUUUGCCAAAGCGAAGACGGCAAAGCUCGUCCGACAGCUUCUCGAUCUUUUUGAGAACAUUCCCAACACGACGGACCUACAGAUCUCGGUCACCAAGUCAUGUAUAGAGUGGGCAACGUCGGAGCGGCGGACGUUCCUCCGGCAGAACCUUGAGACGCGGCUUGUGACGCUGAUGAUGGCCAAGCAGUCCUACUACGAGGCCCUGACACUCAUCAACGGGCUCCUGCGCGAGCUGAAGCGCCUAGACGACAAGCUGGUGCUGGUUGAGGUGCAGCUGCUCGAGUCGCGUGUUUACCACGCGCUGGGCAACAUCUCCAAGGCCCGCGCCGCGCUGACAAGCGCCCGCACCAGCGCUGCCUCGGUCUACACGCCACCCCUGCUGCAGGCCAACCUGGACAUGCAGUCGGGCAUGCUGCACGCCGAGGACCGGGACUUCAACACCGCCUUCAGCUACUUCAUCGAGGCUCUGGACGGUUACCACACUCAGGACGAGCCGCAGCGCGCGACGGCUGCCCUGCAGUACAUGCUGCUAUGCAAGAUCAUGCUGAACCUGGUUGAUGACGUCAACAACCUCAUGACAUCCAAGCAGGCCGCCAAGUACGCUGGCCAGUCGCUCGAGGCCAUGAAGGCCAUCGCCCGUGCCCACGCGAACCGCUCGCUCGAAGAGUACGAGCAGUCGCUGGCCCUCUACCGCCAUGAGUUGGGCAGCGACGCUUUUGUGCGCUCCCACUUGCGCCGACUCUACGACGCCAUGCUGGAGCAGAACCUGAUCAAGGUCAUUGAGCCCUUCUCCCGUGUCGAGAUCGACCACAUCGCCAAGAUGGUCGGCCUCGACACCCAGCAAGUCGAGCGCAAGCUGUCGCAGAUGAUCCUCGACAAGGUGAUUAUCGGCGUCCUUGAUCAAGGCGCCGGAUGCCUCAUCAUCUUUGACGAGACCCAGCGCGACGAGGCCUACGACGCGGCCCUGGCCACGAUCGAGAAGCUCAGCAGCGUGGUCGACGUGCUCUACACCAAUCAGGCAUCCAUGCUCGAGUAGGGCCCCGCGCGCGCAAAAGCAGGUGUUUGGAUCCUUGGGCCGGCUGCGACGUUGCUGGUGCUUCUAUUUCUUCGCCUCGUGAGGCAUGCCGACCAAGUUGGGCGGUGACGGGUUUGCGUUUGUAAUAGUAGAACAAAGUAGCUGGCGCCGUGCUCAAGUUCAUUGAAUGGGUCAUCGCGUUCGGGACUGACAGUCUGAUUUGGAAUAUGUCUAUCAUUACCAAGGUGAUUUGACAUCCUCCGACGGUAGGUCGCAGCUCUCACAACAUAGCCCAUACCUCGCUGUCAAACCUACAGACCCUGUCACUAUACAGCCGGCUUGGCUAGCUGGUAGGUUUCUUGAUGCAUAGUCGGCAAUUGACAUGAAAGUUUUGUAAGGGCCCAGUCAGGGAGGUUACCGUAUCUUCACCUGUUAUGUGGUAAUUAUUCGAU